AUCAUUCUUCAAUAGUCAGUAAUCGUACUUGUUGGUGAAAGCUUAUAAUACAACAUGGUUUGUUUUUAAUAUUUUAUAUAAAAAUGUCGAUGUAUAUAAAUGAUUAUGUAUUCGAAAUAUUGUUAGGGCAAGGUAGUUUCGGAUCCGUUUAUCUAGUGCGACGAAAGAAAGACUCGAAACCGUUCGUCGUGAAAGAACAAGCUUCAGGCGCUAUAAAUGCUUUACCGUUUAAGAAUAUAUUAGAAGAAGUGCAAUGUUUGCAUACACUAAGGCAUCCUAAUAUAGUCGCUUAUUACGGAGCCUGGAUAGAAAACAAUCACAGUUACAUUCUUAUGGAGUACGCCACGCGGUGCACCUUAAAGGAUUUGCUAGAAAAAUAUCAAUCUCCUCUGAGAGAAGAAGAUGCGCUGUACUUAUUCUCUCAAAUCGUCCUCGGCGUUCAUCACAUUCAUUUCGAGAAGAUUCUCCAUCGUGAUUUAAAGCCAGAGAACAUCAUGUUGACGGGAAGUCGCGGGGAAAUCGUGAAAAUUGGAGAUUUUGGCGUGUCGAAAAAUUUCAAAGAAUUAAACAGUCCAUCGACCGUGUGUCGCGCUGGAUCGUUUUAUUAUAUGGCCCCAGAAAUGUUGAAAGGGCAAUCUUAUGACUUCAAAUGCGACAUAUGGAGCAUGGGUGUGAUUCUUUAUGAAAUGGUCACGAAAAGACAUCCCUUCCCAGCCACGACAUUAUCAGAGAUCAUAAAAAUGAUUUGCGAAGAAGAUCCUCAGCCUCUUCACAAAGAUACCUCGGCACCAGUCGUGAAUAUAAUAUCAAAAAUGUUGAGGAAACAGUCGUUUUAUCGUCCAAGAACGAAUCAGUUGGUUCUUUGUCCUUAUCUCGUACCUUAUAUCGUUCGGGUGUACAUGAAUCUCGGACGUAAAGACUCUUUAAACAUGUGGUUAGUUUUGUUAAUCUGUUACUGUUUGUAUUCACUAUCGUCCAGUACCUCGUGGUACCCUGUGUAUCCUAUACUUGGAGAGCAAAUAGAUCUCGUAGGUACACUGAAUGAAAGUUUCACUCAUAAUUGGACUAAGAGCAUUGAAAACGACGAAGCGAAGGAUGUAUUCGACAGCGAUAACCCGUUUAAUUCAACGCAAAUACCGUUCAAUUCCAUUGAUCGUGAUCGGGAACCUUUGGACGAGGUUGAACGCAUCGACCCCAGGAAUUGGCCCGUCAGACCGGAUGUCUUCUACACCCGAACUGUUCCUUCAACUACAGAAAUUUCGUUACCACGAAAUCCACUUUAUCCGUCCACAUCGGCGCAAAGGAACUCGUCGACGCAGAGAUAUCCACCGGUCACGGCACCACCUCCUACAGUCUCUGUGGACGAAGUUUUCUGUGAUUUUGGAUCAUUUCCGUCACAGACACUUUGCGAAUGGCAAAACGGCGAUGGUGUAUUAGACUGGGCGGCUGGUACUGGCAUGGGUACCAAUUGGAUGGGUGGUCCUCCAAGCGAUUACACGAGUGGAACCAUGGAAGGAGGGUAUGCCUUCCUGGAAACAUCAGAAUUGCCAUUGAGAGAAAGUAAAACGAAAACUCUGGGAAGUUUAUUACACAGCCCUCAAUUAGGAAGCACAGGGGUGGUUGGAACUUGUAUUAUGUUUAAGUAUUCCAUAGACGGCCUUAGCAGCGCUGGUCUAAGAGUUCUACUGCAUGUUGGUCCGGACGAAUAUUCGAGUAAAAAGGAACAAACCGAAGAGAUCACUCCUGAUAAUACGACGAUACCAUCUUGCAAACCGAUCGAGGUUUUCGACGAACGUGUCAUAUGGAAUGCUCAGUAUUACAAUCUCGGUAUUUGGCAGCAGACACAAAUACUGUACACCUUCCCCGAAUUACAUUCGUUAAUCAUCGAGGGAAUUCCUGUAGAUCCUACCGAUCCAGCGAGAUUGUACAGAGGGUACAUAGCUGUAGACGACAUAGAUUUACAACCUGGAACCUCGUGUGUUGGUUUCUGUAACUUUGCCGGUGGCUUUUGCGACUGGUCCAACGACGCAGAGGAUGAUUUCGAUUGGACAAUUAGUCGAGGAAGUGGAAAUCCUACAACAGGACCAGCGAUGGACAGUUCGACCGAUCGCUCGACAGCUGGAGGAUACGCGUACAUAGAUUCCUCGUUUCCUCGUAGACCCGGAGACAGAGCUAGACUUAUUAGCGCCAGUUUUCCAGCACCGAGUGCCGACACACCCAUGUGUAUGCAUUUCUGGUUCCACAUGUUCGGCUCCGGAAUCGGAGUCCUCAAGCUUUUCCUACGUAAUUUCCGUAGCCUCGAUACGCCGCUACGAGAAAUUUGGAGUUUAAACGGAAACGCUGGAAACACGUGGUUCGUUGCUCAAAUUACGAUCGGCUCUGUCGAUGAUUUUCAACUAAUCUUCGAAGCGACUGUGGGAAGUACCGGAAUGGGAGACAUUGCCAUUGAUGAUAUCUCUUUCACCCAAGGCUCUUGCCCUGUUGCGCCUCAAGUUGCCGCGCCUACCCCUAGAGACUGUACUUUUGAGGUAGACGAAUGUGACUGGAUCAAUUCUCGAGAUCCCAACCGGGUUGAAUGGGAGAGGGUGUCUACGCAAGCAUUGAGCCUGAGAAAUCAACGAAAACCCUAUACCAAUGGAUAUACGAUUAACAGAAGAAAUGAAUAUUUCCUGAACCUGGGUCGACCAAGAGGAGGACCACGAUCCUCUGGAGGUGGAACGGCGCAGCUGGUUAGUCGAGAAAUGAAAGGAACCGAUGAUCCUCUUUGCGUUACCUUUUGGUACUAUAUGUUUGAGUCUUUCAUUGACUCAACUGGACCAAGUUUAGGCGUGCUUCGUGUAUCCAUACAAACAACCGGAGAAUCUUCCACGGAGACUAGACCAAUCUGGCAGCUGUAUAAUAAUCAAGGACCUAGCUGGAAUUAUGGACAGAUUAGUUUAAAUGAAAGAAAGGACUUUAACGUAGUUUUUGAAGGAACCUGGGGUCCUAAUCGUGCCAGCGGCAGUAUCGGCAUCGAUGAUAUCUCUUUCUAUAUCGGUAACUGUUCUGUGAAACCACCUAGCGCGUCUGUAAGAGCAGAGGACUGUAGUUUUGAGAAAGGAUUAUGCGGUUGGGAGAAUAUUACAACUUCCGAAAAUGAGCGCACUGUUACCUGGCAGCGUGCAUUUCCUGCUCACCGUCCGGCUCAGUUAUUAGACAAAACGUUCGGAGCAACUGGAGACUUCGUUUUCUUUGAUAUUUUUACUACAAAUAAACAAUCGACGAAUGUACAACUACGCUCGCCUGUAAUACAACAGUCAAUCGACGAGGAAUCCGUUUGCUUUACCUUUUGGUUCGCUGCCUUCGGAGUCGAGGAAUCCACAACGCUGCAGAUUAUUAAAAUGAACGUGGACGAAGAAAUGAAUGAAGAAAACGAUGGAAAUGAUAAUGGACAACAGCCCUUGUGGUCGUUAACAGCGAAAGGAUUUAAUAACCCACGACCCGUGUGGACUGCCGCGCAAGUAACCGUAGAUGCUCGUGUACCUUACCGCUUAAUUUUAAGAGGAACUGCCAGUAACGGAGGUUUUGCUAUAGAUGAUAUUAAAUUUCAGCCUCAAAGUUGUUCGAUUCGACCUGUUACUGCUCUACCCGUUAACAAUGGAAGCUGAAAUAUUGAAGUUUGUAAUUACUUGAAUUCAGUUUAAAGAUGAAUUUAUCUUCGGUUUACAUUUUAAAUAAGAAUUUGUCUCUUAAUUUCAAAAGCAACAAUGCCAAGUGCAACUCCUGUAUUUAAACUAUCAACUCCUUUAACAAGAGGUAUAUUGAUACGAAUACUUUUUCUUUCACUUAAGAAUUUGUAACAAUCCAAACUCAAACCUUC